ACUGGUUUAUCUUAUGCUUGUAUGGCUUGAUUUUAGUUUUGUAUUCCCUGUAAAGGAAUACCACCAUUGAACUCAACACAAUUUAUAGUGAAAUAAAAUUAAAAUAUUGUAGAAUAAAUUAUCAUGGUUAAAUAACUACCACAACAAUGAAGCAAUAAAGAAGUAAAUGAGGAUUGGGAGUAUGGCUCAGCAGUAGAGUAUUCACCUACCAUGUGUGAGGCCCUGGGUUCGAUCCUCAGCACCACAUAAAAAUAAAUAAAUAAAAUAAAGAUAGUGUGUCCAACUACAUCUAAAAAAUAAAUAUUAAAAAAAGAAGUAAAUGAAUGAGAGUUUUAUACUUCACAUUCCUACCCCUCUGUAGUUAAUAUUUUCACAUGUAUCUUUUUGGAUGUAUUUGUAAUCCCAUACAAAGGUGUGCAUUUAUAAAAAAUGUUUGAAUAAUUUUUAACAGUUACUUCUAUAGCUCAUAGCCAUAUCUUUUGUUUCUCUUUACAGCCAUUAUACCUGCCUAUGAGUCCUUUAUAAUGUCCCUUUGUGCCUCUUCUCACAAGGAGUUUUCUCAGCUGCUGCCUGUUCAAGACAUGGAUAUCAAAAACUCACCAUCUAGCCUUAACUCUCCUGCCUCCUACAACUGCAGUCAAUCUGUCCUACCCCUGGAGCAUGGCCCCAUAUAUAUCCCUUCCUCCUAUGUAGAGAGCCAUCACGAAUAUUCGGCCAUGACAUUCUAUAGCCCUGCUGUGAUGAAUUACAGUAUUUCUAGCACUUCAGAUAACAAUGAAAGUGGGCUUGGUCAACAGACAGCAAGCCCACAUGUAUUAUGGCCAACUCCUGGGCACCUGUCUCCUUUAGCAAUUCACUGUCAGUCCUCACUUCUGUAUGCAGAGCCUCAAAAGAGUCCUUGGUGUGAAGCAAGAUCACUGGAACACACCUUACCUGUCAACAGAGAGACACUGAAGAGGAAGGUCAGUGUGAACCAUUGCACCAGCCCUGUUACUAGUCCAAGUUCAAAAAGGGAUGCUCACUUCUGUGCGGUCUGCAGCGAUUAUGCGUCUGGAUAUCACUAUGGAGUCUGGUCGUGUGAAGGAUGUAAGGCCUUUUUUAAAAGAAGCAUUCAAGGACAUAAUGAUUAUAUUUGCCCAGCUACAAAUCAGUGUACCAUAGAUAAGAACCGGCGUAAAAGCUGCCAGGCCUGCCGGCUUCGGAAGUGCUAUGAAGUAGGAAUGGUGAAAUGCGGCUCCCGGAGAGAAAGGUGCGGGUAUCACGUGGUGAAACGACAGAGAAGUUCCAGCGAGCAGCUGCACUGCCUGAGCAAAGCCAAGAAAACCGGUGGGCACCUGCCACGAGCCAAGGAGCUGCUGCUGAGUGCCCUGAGCCCCGAGCAGCUGGUGCUCACCCUCCUCGAGGCGGAGCCACCCAAUGUGCUGGUGAGCCGCCCCAGCACACCCUUCACAGAGGUCUCCAUGAUGAUGUCCCUCACCAAGCUGGCCGACAAGGAACUGGUGCACAUGAUUGGCUGGGCCAAGAAAAUUCCUGGCUUCGUGGAGCUCAGCCUGUUGGACCAAGUGCGGCUCUUGGAGAGCUGCUGGAUGGAGGUGUUGAUGGUGGGACUGAUGUGGCGCUCCAUUGACCACCCCGGCAAGCUCAUCUUCGCCCCAGACCUCGUUCUGGACAGGUCAUCAGAAGACCCUCAUUCGCACGUUUGGCAGAUGAAGAGCGGUGCCCCAAGGGAUGAGGGGAAAUGCGUAGAAGGAAUUCUGGAGAUCUUUGACAUGCUCCUGGCAACAACUUCAAGGUUUCGUGAGUUGAAACUCCAGCACAAAGAGUAUCUCUGUGUCAAGGCCAUGAUACUCCUCAACUCCAGUAUGUACCCUUUGGCCGCAGCGAGCCAGGAGGCGGAGAGCAGCCGGAAGCUGACUCACCUGCUGAAUGCUGUGACUGACGCUCUGGUCUGGGUGAUCGCCAAGAGCGGCAUCUCUUCCCAGCAGCAGUCCGUUCGCCUGGCUAAUCUCUUGAUGAUCCUGUCUCACGUCAGGCACAUCAGUAACAAGGGCAUGGAACAUCUGCUCAGCAUGAAGUGCAAAAAUGUGGUCCCCGUGUAUGACCUGCUGCUGGAGAUGCUGAAUGCUCACACGCUCCGUGGGUAUAAGUCCUCCGUCUCGGGGUCUGAGUGCAGCUCAGCAGAGGACAGAAAGAGCAAAGAGGGCUCCCAGAACCCACAAGCUCAGUGAUGCCUGGCCUGGAGGUGAAAAGGCCCACAUGAGGUCAAAGUCAGAAGCAUGAACUUAAGCAGAUCAGGAGCCUGGCCUUCACCGUAUCUCCACAGAGUGGCCCCUCAUCUGGGUAUGGCUGCCUGUCAUGUUUGGUCCUUCCCUACCUUCCACUUCUCAGGAGUCAGGGUGAGAAAAUCAAGUUUUCCUUGUAUUGGGGGCACAUUUGAAUACAGAGUCCCAUGUUACAUGGCUGUCUAGGAUCUCAAUGUGGUCCCUUUCUUACUUUCCAUCUCCAUUCCCCUCUUUGGGAAAUAUCCUAAAGGUCUUGGAAUGAAUGGUGUAAAUCUGACAUGGAAGUGUUGCAAAUUAGAACAUGACACAUUGAUAGGAAAUGGACUAACCCUUAAUGUGCACUCUGUAGUCCCUUUGGAGUUGGCCUUUGGAUGCUCUCUUCUGGACCAUUUGAUUAUAGGUUCGAAAACCGCAAUGACAAUCAGUUAACUAGUUUCACAUACCUACCUCACAGGCCUGUGAGGACUGAUGUCAUGUUCUGAGGUUCUGUCAAAGACCAAGGGGACAGUGGUUAAACUGGCAUGUGAGCCGUGAUCUUCCUACCAGACUUUAUCGCUCUCUUUGCACACAUCUGUCCCUCAGUAUGCAUUCAUGGAGCCCACUAAUUCUUUUGGUGUGUGCGAUCACUUUCAUGGAGGAUUGUGGCAGAUUUAAAUUUCUCUGCCCUUGGAGUUGGGCCUUCUUGAAACUAUUGUCCCAGUGUGCUUAGCAUGUGUGCUACAGAAAGACCUCAUGUCUGCAGGAAUGGGAUUCUCUUGUGGGUGUAGGUUUUAGCCACAGUUUUUCCCAGGGUGCUGUGAAUGCAGUUUCCAUCUUACAUGGCAGAAGUGGCAGCCAUAAGUGCCACAUCAGCCACCUGGGGCACAUAGGGACACCAUGGGUUAUGGGUGCUUUUCUGUGGAAAGAUGCUACAUACACACACACUAGCAUGUUAGCUCUGGGGCCAUGCUGUCUAGACACCACUCGAACAAGACUUGGCUUGGAAACUCUCCUUAAAAAAGAGAACUAUUUAGGGGUAAGUAUUUAUAGCAAAAAAUAAUCCUUUUAACCCCUGGGGAACUCUCUUAAAAUAUUUUCUUAUCAGAAAAUUUAUAUGGUGGUCUGGGCAAUAUAGAAAUAGGAAAGGAAGACGAAGCACUUCUGAAAUGACAAUUUUAACUCACUUUUUUAAAAAUGGAAAUUUUCAGACCAAUUUUUGGAGGACACAGCCAAUGUGUAAAAUGUAUAACAGUCAUUAUUUUGGAAAUGAGCAGUUAAAUGAUCAUGUUGAUUUUUGUAGUAAUGUUUUUCAAAAGUUCCUUGGAAUAUGGCAGUAAAUACAUUUUCUUUUUGAAAAUAAGUUUACUUUGGCUAGCAUAUCCUGUAUUUACUAUGUCAUUAGGAAGACUAAAUUUAAUGUCAUAAAGGUUAGUUUUUGCUAAGUGAAAAACCUUUAGUUCUUAAUUUUGACCCUGGUGCAAUUUUACUAAAAGUUGAGUUUAGCUGUCUUAGAUACACGUGGACAUUGGACACACCAAGCCUGGUAAUCUGAGGCAGUUUAAAAUUAUUCUCAGUAACCUAAAUGUGACAGGCUUAGAGAAAUUCAGCACAGAAAACAAGCUUGAUUUCAUAAGGAAGCAGAGAAGGUCAGUUUUCUUUCUCUCUGACCAGCCUAAAGUUUCCUACUGUAAACACACAAGGCUUGGCAGUGGGGGCAAAGAAGGCAGCCUUGAAAAGUUAUUUGCCAGUGAAUUCUUCUAUUUUACAGAUUACCAGGCAAGAAAUACAAGAAUAAACAAUAGAAUGGGUUCCAGUCCAUUGCCUAAUUAGUACAUAGCGGAGUGGAUAUUUUAGGUUGAGUUUUUUUUUAAUCUUUAUUUUUAUGUGGUGCUGAGGAUUGAACCAAGUGCUUCACAUGUGCUAGGGAAGCCCUUUACCACCGAGCCACAACCUGGCCCCCUUAGGUGGAGUUUUGACACCUAAAGAAAGUACCAUAUUGGACUCAGGUGGCCAAGUGUCCUUUGUCCCAAGUCCUGUGUUUCCAGGUAAGUGGGCGUUUCCUGUGAUUCUUGUCCAGUGGCCAUUAGUUAUUUUCCACAAAUUCUUCUGUCUGUUUCUCAAGGAUUUAGUCAGGAUGUGAAUCUUUCCAAGUCUUACCUGGGUGUGCUGGCUGCACAGGUUAGCACCUUCUCACCCCAGCGCUCUGACUGGGAUCUGGGGCAACCAGACGAUAGAGAAAACAUACUUGGUACUCAAAGGGCUUGUUUUUCAUUUUGAGUAUCCCAGGGCCCUCUUCCUCUUCAGAUGAAGUGUUUUGAAUAUCUCUGCCCAUCUGAUCCAAAUAUAUCCUAUAAGGAUGGACUUUUUUUAAAUGCUUCAGGCUGCCCUUUUGAUGUGCUGGUCAAAUCCUCUGUGUCCAUUUUAAAGAUAGUAGUUUGUCUAAUUCACAGUGCUUUCUUUGAAAUGCCUUCAUUUUGGGGAUGUCUACUCUUCUUAAAUAGUCUAUGUCCACAUUCCUCUAGGGCAGUUCGAGUUCUCCCAUAGCUAAGCAGGGAUCACAGUGUUUUCCAAGUUCAGUUUUUAAAAGGAAUUAAUUAGAGCAAACAGAACCUGACAAGUAUAAAUAGGAAUUCGAUUAUUGAAUGAAUACAAGACCUAACUACUUUCAACAUAUUUUGGAACCCUGAUCCUCAGCUUUGCCUUGUACUGGUAUCACAGGAUUUCCUUCCUGUUUUAAUUUGUAACUGAUCAUUUAAUGUAAGAAACUUAUUUACAGGAGAUGAGUGAGAUUUGGGCUUAAUUUGAGUAGCUAACAUGGGGUCAUACAGACAAAUGUUAAUGGUCACCAUGGAAUGUCCUUCCCACCCAGAGUUCACUCAGAUUCAGAUAGUGACUGGCUGUCCCUAAAGAGGACCAGGGUGGACAACCUCAGGAGAGCAUUGAUUUUUCACAGUGGGUUUUCUAAGGGAAGUUCCCUCUGUUCUGACUCCCUCUUUUCCAUCCUCAGGGCUGUCACGAACCAAGACCAACUAGAAAAGAUUAAACCCCAGAUAAUCCUGAGAUUUUCUUGAAAAUUUGACAUGAGAACAAAAGACAGAGUUGUCAGCCAAAUAACAGAUUUAGAGAAUUCAGUUAGAACAAAAAAAUCAAUUGCCAACUCCUGGCAAAACUGUACUACAUAUUCAUAUGUACGUGAGCUAAAUGGAAGCAAUUCUAGAAUUUUCUAGCAAGUGAAAAUUGGUGUUGGUUCCUAUUUUCAUCUGCUGAGGGUCUUGAAUAUUUUGAUACUUUUUCUAAUUCAAGAUGAAUCUUCAGUUUCUAGUUCUAUACACACAUACGUACAUAUUUUUUGGUACUGCAGAUUAAGCCCAAGGUUGCUUUACCACUGAUCUACCUGCCUAACCAUUUUAAUUUGGAGAUAGGGCCUCACUAAGUUGCUGAGGCUGGCCUGAAACCUAUGAUCCUCCUGUCUCAACCUCCCAAGUCCCUGGGAUUAUGGGUAUAUGCCACACCUGGCUUAAAACAAAAUAUUUUUAUUAAGAUUGGUACAUUUUUUGCCAGUCACAGUAGUGCAUGCCUGUAAUCCCAGCAGCUGGGGAGGCUGAGGUGGGACAAUCACAAGUUCAAAGCCAGCCUCAGCAAAAGCAAGGUGCAAAGCAACUCAGUGAGACCCUGUCUCUAAAUAAGAUUGGUACAUAUCUUUAAGCUGCCAAAACCCUUUCAAAAAACACAAUAAAGGUUAUGUAAAGUAAGCCUUUAGCACUUACUUACAUUUAAUCUUCAUAAUGAUUACCAUGAUCAUAACUUUCUGGCUGGAAACUAGAGAGUCUAAGCGAACUUGUUCCAGUCCACACAGGGCAAGUAACAGAGCUGAAUAUAGGCAGUCCAAGUCCAGUGCUGGAAGUGAUCAAGCAGUUCAACUAGUUCAAAAACUAUGAAAGGGCUGGGGAUGCUGCUUAGUGGGACACACACACACACACACACGUACACGUGAUAUCUCUAUCUAUCAUCUAUCUAUCUAUCUAUCGGGUCUCUACCACUCACAUAUCUCCAGCCCUAGCCCCAUCCCAAUAAUUUUAAACUGCAGAAUCCAUUUAUCAAAAGCACUCUGACAUGCAUGGCUACUGUGACUUAAGUGGGACUUACUGAUGACACUGUAUACUCCUAAUGCCUACUACAACCCUGUAGACACAGUUAACAGCUUGGAAACCUCUGACACAGAAAGUUCCACCUUUUCUUUUUUUUGGGUAUAUGUGGGUUGGUACUGGGGAUUGAACUCAGGGGCACUCUACCACUGAGCCACAUUCCUGGCCCUCUUUUGUAUUUUAUUUAGAGACAGGGUCUCACUGAGUUGAGGCUGGCUUUGAACUCAUGAUCCUCCUGUCUCAGUCUCCAGAGCUGCUGGGUUUACAAGCAUGUGCCAACAGCACCCAGCUCCAGUUCCAUCAUUUAUACAUGUGUAAAUGAAAUUCCCCAGGGGACAAUGACCUGCUUGAGGUCAUACUUACCAUGGAGCCUGGAAUGAAAUUCCAGUCUGCUUGUCCAGCUAGCAUUAUUGCUGCAGGAUUCUGCUUCUUGAGCUGAAUCUCAGUAGGAUGGAAAGAUGGUUAGUCAGUUAGGGUUGCUUGUGUUGUACCUUCAGAUCCUGCCUUCUCAGCUUGGAUGGGGUCUGCGUGAAUUCUUACAAGUGGCAGCAAUGGCAGGCAGAAAAAAAAAAAAAGAUGUACUAUAUUAUUCCUCUCCUCUUCCUGGGCUCACAGGCCAGAGGGGACCAUCAUCACCACCACUAUCUACCUAUUACUGCUUUCCCCAAAUGUGUCAAAGCUGAGUAUAUUCCUUGGAAAUUUACCCAUGUAGAAGUCUCACAUCUCUUAGGCAUGAAUGCUUUCCUGUAGCUCUUUAUACCAUAGUGUGAAAAUACAGGCUUCUUCAUAGCUCUUGAGCUCACUGGAGUUUUGGCUCCAUGUUUGUGGUCUCUGUGAUACAUAAAUCUAUCAGCCUUUUUGUUGUUCAUGAGUCAAGGAUUUUUUUUUUUUUUUUAAUACUAAGGAUUCUAAUUCACUUAUAGGACCAGCCAGUUGAUGGUGGGUUUCCUCUCUGGGAAGGGCAGAUGUCCAAUGGUGUCUGAAUGUCAUAUGAGUAUUGGUCCUAUAACUAUAUUCUUCAAUGGUCCUGUGUACCUCAGAGUUUGUUGCUUGGCUCUAAUUUGUCAUUUUUGGGGGGUGAUGUUUUGUGCCCUUGAUUUGUUGACUCCCGUUCACAGGCUUUCAAAUGUGGACUUUUCAAGAAAUGAAUGUGUGAUGUUGUGUGGAAGCAGACUUGGAGAUUUGCUUUCCAUUCCUCUGAGAAGCGCUUUUUCCUUACUGUGUCCUUCCAAUGUCUAUGGAACCAUCGCAGAGAAAAGUUCAAUGUGACAUAAAUAAAGUGAUUUCCUAA